CCCCUUCCCUGGUUGCCCCAAUGUCCAGUCCAAUGUCCUUGGCUGAAGCGUUUCCGGACUCGGGUGUCCAAUAUCCCCCCCAGCCCCCGAGCCCCCAUGUUUGGUCAAGAUGGGAGUGGCCCGACGGGAGGACGGACAAACUGCAGCCCUUGUGCUCCGGGAGCCCUGAACCCCUUGUUCUCCCGCCCCCCCCCGGGGGUGGAGGGCAGCCAGACCGCAGUUGCACAAGCGGGUUGUGCAAGAGGCAGAUGCCAGGCGGGCUGGGCGGGUAUAUAGCCGCCUGGAGCGCGGAGAAGGGCAGCGGAGCGCAAGAGGCUCUCAGCCCGCCAUGGAUCUCCUGGGAGCCGUCACCCUGGUCCUGGUCAUCUGCCUGUCCUACCUCCUGCUCCUCUCCACCUGGCGGCAAAUGCAGGGCCGGGGGGCAAUGCCCCCGGGGCCCCCCCCGCUGCCCCUCCUCGGGAACCUGCUGCAGGUGGAGCUCCGCGACAUGCGCAAGUCGCUGAUGAAGAUCAGCGAGCGCUACGGCCCCGUCUACACCCUCCACCUGGGCCCCCGGCGGGUGGUGGUGCUGUGCGGCUACCAGGCGGUGAAGGAGGCCCUGCUGGACCAGGCCGAGGCCUUCAGCGGGCGCGGGGAACAAGCCACCUUCGACACGAUCGCCCAGGGCUACGGAGUGGCCUUCAGCAACGGGGAGCGGGCGAAGCAGCUGCGCCGGUUCUCCAUCACCACGCUGAGGAACUUCGGGGUGGGGAAGCGAGGCAUCGAGGAGCGGAUCCAGGAGGAGGCUCAUUUCCUGCUGGAAGCCUUGCGGGGCACGAAAGGUUUGCCCUUUGACCCCACCUACUUCCUGAGCCGCACGGUGUCCAACGUCAUCAGCUCCGUGGUCUUCGGGGACCGGUUCGACUACGAGGACAAGGAGUUCCUCUCCCUGCUCCACAUGAUCACCGAGAGCUUCCGCUUCACCGCCACGGCCUGGGGGCAGGUAUGCCGGGGGGGGGGGCAGGCCACGGCCCACGGCCCUGAGACAUGUCUGCACAGUGCUGCGGGGAUCGGGGGGAGCGCUGGUUAG